UCAUAAAAANAAAAAAAAAAAAAAAAAGUCUCGAUUAUGGCUACUCUUCAAGUCCCUGCAUCUGUUCCUUCCCCUGAAGAGGAUGCUGAGCAGCUUAAAAAAGCUUUCACUGGAUUGGGCACAGAUGAGGGAGCUAUAAUCACCAUAUUGGCACAUAGGAAUGGAGCCCAACGGAAUUUGAUUCGCGAAGCAUAUGUCGCAGCUUAUGGAGAAGAUCUUCUCAAGGACUUGGAGAAAGAAAUAUCGGGUGAUUUUCUGCGUGCGGUCAGCCUUUGGACUUUAGAUCAAGCCGAGCGAGAUGCACAGCUGGCAAAUGAGGCUACAAAGAUGUUCACUUCGAACAAUCUUGUUAUCAUGGAAAUUGCUUGCACUAGGUCAUCAUAUGACCUGUUUAAGGUAAGGCAAGUGUAUCAUGCCCGUUACAUGAAAUCACUCGAGGAAGAUGUUGCACAUCACACAUCUGGCGACUUUCGCAAGCUGUUGGUUCCUCUUGUGACUGCCUUCCGGUAUGAAGGAGAAGAGGUGAACAUGAUGCUUGCACAUUCAGAGGCUAAAUUGCUUCACGAGAAGAUAUGUGACAAAGCCUAUGCUGACGAAGAGCUUAUCCGAGUUCUAACUACGAGGAGCAAAGCACAGCUCAAUGCCACUCUCAACCAUUACAAUGAUCUUGUUGGAAAUGCCAUAACUAAGGAUUUACAAGCUGACCCGGACAACAAAUAUCUCACUUUCUUGAGGGCAACUAUAAAAUGCCUGACUUGCCCCGAGAGAUAUUAUGAGAAAACCCUACGAUUAGCCAUAAAGGGGCUUGGCACGGACGAAAAUGCCCUCACCCGUGUGAUUGUGACCCAAGCUGAAGUCAACUUGCAGCGCAUUAAAGAAGAAUAUCACAGGCGCAACAGUGUGCCCCUUGAGCACGCGAUCUCGGGGGACACUUCUGGAGAUUACGAGAAGUUCCUCCUUGCAUUAGUCGGAUAAUAAAACAAGGAUGUUUAUCGUGUUACAAUAAAUAAGGUAUGUUUGUGAGAUUCAUUGAGUGAAGAGGUUUGUUGUGUCUGUUCUAUGGUUUUUGUUGCGUCUUAAUCAGUCAUGAAUAAAUCAGUCUCGAGAUAGUUUGUUUGGUGUGUUUAUCGAUGGAUGGUGUUGUUCCUUUUGUGAGGGACUUUGGCUCAAACUUUUAUUGCAAUAAGAAGUUGGUUGGAAGAUUUUGUAAGAGCUUCAUUGAAAAGUGGUUUGGACAGGUAGCUUCAAAAUAAUAUGAGAACUUAAAACAAUCUGAAAUUUUGGUUUUACAAUCUAUAAAUGCGUCCGGCAACCUAAUUGUUUCGGCAGGGAAUCUGAAGUUCACUGAGAGCAACUUCUAUGCGGCUCUAUAUUGCAAUUUUACUUCAGAGUAAUAUUAAAAACAUUUCCGCAUUAUUUUGAAGAUGUGAACAAUAUGACGACGUAGGGUGGUGCAAUUCACU